AUGAACAAGUCUGACCUCAAGGGAAAGCUGCCGCUGCUGGCGCAGGGCAAAGUCCGGGAGCUGUACAAGCUACCCGACAACAAGCUGCUGUUUGUUGCCACGGACCGCAUCUCGGCCUACGACGUCAUUCUGGGCAAUGGCAUCCCGGACAAGGGCCGGGUGCUGACGGCACUUUCGCGGUUCUGGUUCGACUACCUGAAAGACGUCGUGCCCAAUCACCUUGCCGACCAUGGCGAUGUGAUUGCUUGUCUCCCUGAGUCAAUUCAGUCCGACAGUGACCUUGCCGCUGUGCUCAAGGACAGGGCUCUGGUUGUCAACCGGUACAAGAUCUUACCGCUCGAGGUGAUUGUGCGUGGCUAUAUCACCGGAUCUGCCUGGAACGAGUACAAAAAGACCGGCACUGUGCAUGGCACUCAGAUGCCGGCAGGACUACAGGAGAGCCAGGCGUUCCCGACGCCUAUCUACACGCCGUCCACCAAGGCAGAACAGGGCGAGCAUGACGAGAACAUUUCGCCCGAAAAGGCUGCUGAGAUUGUUGGCAAAGAUCUUGCUGCAAAGGUCGAGCAAAUUGCUCUGGCUCUGUACAAAAAGGCCCACGACUACGCCCAGACCAAGGGCAUUAUCAUUGCCGACACGAAGUUCGAGUUCGGUGUAGACGAGUCCGGCAAUGUCGUGCUUGUCGACGAGGUGCUCACGCCCGACUCUUCUCGUUUCUGGCCCAAGGACUCCUACAAAAUCGGGCAGGGCCAGGACUCGUACGACAAGCAGUACGUGCGGGACUGGCUGGUCGCCAACGGCCUGAAGGGAGUCGAUGGGGUGUCGAUCCCCGAGGACGUUGCCAACAAAACACGUGAGAAAUAUCUUGAGGUCUAUGAGAAACUAGUCAAGGCUUAG